AUGGGAACGAGCGAAGAAAAGACCCCAUUUAAGCCUUCCAAGCCAGCAUCUUCGGCGCAGGACAUUCCACCCACGCCGUAUCCAGACUGGUCAAAUUCAAUGCAGGCUUAUUAUGGCGGAGGAGGGACUCCAAAUCCUUUUUUCCCAUCCCCUGUUGGAUCUCCUAGUCCUCACCCGUAUAUGUGGGGUGCUCAACACCAUAUGAUGCCGCCUUAUGGGACUCCAGUUCCGUACCAAGCAAUGUAUCCUCCAGGGGCAGUUUAUGCCCAUCCUAGCAUGCCCAUCCCUCCUGCUUCUGGUCCAGCCAACAAGGAGACUGUAAAGGACCAAGCUUCUGGCAAGAAGUCAAAGGGUAACUCGAAAAGAAAAGGUGAAGGAGGUGAGAAAGCGCCUUCUGGUUCAGGGAACGAUGGCGGGUCUCAAAGUGAUGAAAGUGUGACAGCUGGUUCAUCUGAUGAAAAUGCCAACAACCAGGAGCAAGGCUCAGUGAGAAAGCCGAGCUUUGGACAGAUGCUGGCGGAUGCAAGUUCUCAGAGUAAUACUACCGGUGAGAUCCAAGGCUCAGUGCCCAUGAAGCCAGUGGCCCCAGGGACUAACCUGAAUAUCGGGAUGGACUUAUGGGCUUCCCAGGCUGGUGUACCUGUGAAGGAUGAACGAGAGCUCAAGAGGCAGAAAAGGAAACAAUCUAACCGUGAAUCCGCGAGACGGUCCAGAUUGCGGAAGCAGGCGGAAUGCGAACAGCUUCAACAGAGAGUAGAGAGUUUGACGACUGAGAAUCAAGGCCUGAGAGAUGAGCUCCAGAGACUCUCCGGGGAAUGUGAGAAGCUCAAGACUGAGAACAACUCUAUUCAGGAUGAGUUGCUCAGAGUUCAUGGACCAGAGGCUGUAGCUAAUCUAGAACAGAGUGCUGCUGGGUCGAAAGAUGGUGAAGGAACAGAUUAA